GGCCGCGGCCCGGCCCCCUCCCCCGCCAUGAAGAAGCUGUGGGUGAAGAAGCGUUUCCAGAAAACCGGCCACUCCCGCCGGGCCUUUGGCCGACUCACCCAUGCGAAGUUUUCCGCUCCUGCAGAAAGCAAAGUUACGACUCGGAGACGGGUGAGGAUGACAUCAGCAAUGUGCAAGGGACCCAGCGCCUGGAGCUUCGGGAUGACGGGGCCUUUAGCACCCCUACGGGGGGCUCUGACACCCUGGUGGGCACCUCCCUGGACACGCCCCCGACCUCCGUGACAGGCACCUCUGAGGAGCAAGUGAGCUGGUGGGGCAGCGGGCAGACGGUCCUGGAGCAGGAAGCGGGCAGCGGGGGUGGCACCCGCCGCCUCCCGGGCAGCCCAAGGCAAGCACAGGCAACCGGGGCCGGGCCACGGCACCUGGGGGUGGAGCCGCUGGUGCGGGCAUCUCGAGCUAAUCUGGUGGGCGCAAGCUGGGGGUCAGAGGAUAGCCUUUCGGUGGCCAGUGACCUGUACGGCAGCGCGUUCAGCCUGUACAGAGGACGGGCGCUCUCGAUCCACGUCAGCGUCCCUCAGAGCGGAUUGCGCAGGGAGGAACCAGACCUUCAGCCUCAGCCGGCCAGCGAAGCCCCGCAUCGCGCGGCCCCACCACCUCCCUCCAAGUCCGCGCUGCUCCCCCCACCUUCUCCCCGGGUGGGGAAGAGGCCCCCGCCGGGACCCAGCGCCCAGCCCCCGGCCACCCCCACUUCACCCCACCGGCGCACUCAAGAGCCCGUGCUGCCCGAGGACACCACCGCGGAAGAGAAGCGAGGGAAGAAGUCCAAGUCGUCUGGGCCUUCGCUGGCGGGCACAGCGGAGUCCCGGCCCCAGACGCCACUGAGCGAGGCCUCGGGCCGUCUGUCCGCGCUGGGCCGCUCGCCCAGGCUGGUGCGCACCGGCUCCCGCAUCCUGGACAAGCUGCAGUUCUUCGAGGAGCGAAGGCGAAGCCUGGAGCGUAGCGACUCGCCGCCAGCGCCCCUGCGGCCCUGGGUGCCCCUGCGCAAGGCUCGCUCGCUGGAGCAGCCCAAGUCCGAGGGCGGCGCUCCGUGGGGCACGCCCGGGGCCUCGCAGGAGGAGCUGCGGGCGCAGCGGGGCAGCGUGGCGGAACGGCGCCGCCUGUUCCAGCAGAAGGCGGCCUCGCUGGACGAGCGCACGCGGCAGCGCAGCCCGGCUUCAGACCUCGAGCUGCGCUUCGCCCAGGAGCUGGGCCGUAUCCGCCGCUCCACGUCGCGGGAGGAGCUGGUGCGCUCGCACGAGUCUCUGCGCACCACUCUGCACCGCGCCCCGUCCCCACGCGAGCCCGGCGAGCCCCCACUCUUCUCUCGGCCCUCUACCCCCAAGACCCCAAGAGCCGAGGGCCCCGCCGUCGCCCAGACGCCCCCUCCGAGCGUCGCGGGGAGGCCUGGGGAUGAGGCGGGGAGGCCCCGCAGCCGCGGGCCGGCGGGCAGGACGGAGCCGGGGGAAGGCCCGCAGCAGGAGGUUAGGCGCCGGGACCAGUUCCCGCUGACCCGGGGCAGAGCCAUUCAAGAGUGCCGGAGUCCGGUGCCGCCCCUCGCCGCAGAUCUCCCCGAGACCAGGACGAAAGCCCCUCCGGGUCGGAAGCGGGAGCCCCCGGCGCAGGCCGUGCGCUUCCUACCCUGGGCCAUGCCCGGCCAGGAGGGCGCUGCAGUGCCCCAGACCUUGGAGAAGAACAGGGCAGGGCCUGAGGCGGAGAAGAGGCUGCGCAGAGGGUCGGAGGAGGACGGGCCCUGGGGAGCCUGGGACCGCCGAGGGACCCGCAGCCAGGGCAAAGGUCGCUGGGCCCGGCCCACCUCUCCUGAGCUAGAGUCUUCCGAUGACUCCUAUGUGUCAGCCGGGGAAGAGCCCCUGGAGGCCCCCGUGUUUGAGAUUCCACUGCAGAAGGUGGUGGCGGCACCAGGGGUGGACGUGCUGCUCAAGUGCAUCGUCACUGCCAACCCCCCAUCCCAAGUGUCCUGGCAGAAGGAUGGGUCAGUGCUGCGAAGUGGUGGCCGCCUUCUCAUCCGGGCUGAAGGUGAGCGGCACACUCUGCUGAUCAGGGAAGCCCGGGCAGCCGACGCUGGGAGCUAUAUGGCUAUCGCCACCAACGAGCUGGGCCAGGCCACCUGUGCUGCCACACUGGCUGUGAGACCUGAUUCUCCUGUCUCUCCUCCAGGCGGGUCCACCUCCCCUUUCAGCAGCCCCAUCACCUCCGACGAGGAGUACCUGAGCCCCCCUGAGGAGUUCCCGGAACCUGGGGAGACCUGGCCCCGAACCCCCACCAUGAAGCUCAGUCCCAGCCAGAACCGCCGUUCCUCGGACACUGGCUCCAAGGCACCCCCAACCUUCAAGGUCUCACUUAUGGACCAGUCAGUCAGAGAAGGCCAAGAUGUCACCAUGAGCAUCCGAGUGCAGGGGGAGCCCAAGCCCGUGGUCUCCUGGCUGAGAAACCGGCAGCCCGUGCGCCCGGACCAGCGGCGCUUCGCGGAGGAGGCGGAGGGCGGGCUGUGCCGGCUGCGGAUCCUGGCGGCCGAGCGGGGCGAUGCUGGCUUCUACACUUGCAAAGCUGUCAACGAGUAUGGUGCUCGGCAGUGUGAGGCCCGCCUGGAGGUCCGAGCACACCCUGAAAGCCGGUCCCUGGCCGUGCUGGCCCCCCUGCAGGACGUGGACGUGGGGGCCGGGGAGAUGGCACUGUUUGAGUGCCUGGUGGCGGGUCCUGCCGACGUGGAGGUGGACUGGCUGUGCCGCGGCCGCCUGCUGCAGCCUGCGCUGCUCAAAUGCAAGAUGCAUUUCGAUGGCCGGAAAUGCAAGCUGCUGCUCACCUCUGUGCACGAGGACGACAGUGGCGUCUAUACCUGCAAGCUCAGCACGGCCAAAGAUGAGCUGACCUGCAGUGCCCGGCUGACCGUGCAGCCGUCCCUGGCGCCCCUGUUCACGCGGCUGCUGGAGGACGUGGAGGCGCUGGAGGGCCGUGCGGCCCGCUUCGACUGCAAGAUCAGUGGCACCCCGCCCCCAUCUGUUACCUGGACUCACUUUGGCCGGCCGGUGGAAGAGAGCGAGAACGUGCGGCUGCGGCAGGAUGGAGGUCUGCACUCACUGCACAUCACCCACGUGGGCAGCGAGGAUGAGGGGCUCUACGCUGUCAGUGCUGCCAACACCCAUGGCCAGGCCCACUGCUCAGCCCAGCUCUACGUGGAGGAGCCUCGGACAGCUGCCUCGGGCCCCAGCUCGAAGCUGGAGAAGAUGCCCUCCAUCCCCGAGGAGCCAGAGCAGGGCGAGCUGGAGCGGCUGUCCAUGCCCGACUUCCUGCGGCCGCUACAGGACCUGGAGGUGGGACUGGCCAAGGAGGCCAUGCUGGAGUGUCAGGUGGCCGGCCUGCCCUACCCCACCAUCAGCUGGUUCCACAACGGCCACCGCAUCCAGAGCAGUGACGACCGGCGCAUGACUCAGUACAGGGAUGUACAUCGCUUGGUGUUCCCUGCCGUGGGGCCCCAGCACGCCGGCGUCUACAAGAGUGUCAUCGCCAAUAAGCUGGGCAAAGCUGCCUGCUACGCCCACCUCUACGUCACAGAUGUGGUUCCAGGCCCUCCAGAUGGUGCCCCACAGGUGGUGGCUGUGACUGGGAGGAUGAUUGUGCUCACGUGGAACCCUCCCAGGAGUCUGGACACGGCCAUUGAUCCGGACUCCCUGACAUACACGGUGCAGCACCAGGUGCUUGGCUCAGACCAGUGGACAGCGCUGGCCACGGGCCUGCGGGAGCCUAGGUGGGCGGCCUUGGGGCUGCGGAAGGGGGCCCAGCACAUCUUCCGCGUCCUUAGCACCACUGCCAAGAACAGCAGCAAGCCCUCGCCCGCCUCGGAGCCCAUGCAGCUGCUGGAGCGUGGCCCCCCACUGGAGGAGGCCCCCGCUGUGCUGGACAGGCCGGAUGUGGUGUAUGUGGUGGAGGGGCAGCCUGCCAGCGUCACCGUCACCUUCAACCACGUGGAGGCCCAGGUCGUCUGGAGGAGCUGCCGCGGGGCCCUCCUCGAGGCACGGGCAGGUGUGUACGAGCUGAGCCAGCCGGACGACAGCCAGUACUGUCUUCGGAUCUGCCGGAUAAGCCGCCGGGACCUGGGGCCCCUCACCUGCACGGCCCGCAACCGCCACGGCACACAGGCCUGCUCCGUCACCCUGGAGCUGGCAGAGGCCCCACGGUUUGAGUCCAUCAUGGAGGACGUGGAAGUGGGGGCUGGGGAGACGGCUCGCUUUGCUGUGGUGGUGGAAGGGAAACCAGUGCCAGACAUCAUGUGGUACAAGGAUGAGGUGCUGCUGACGGAGAGCAGCCACGUGAGCUUCGUGUACGAGGAGAAUGAGUGCUCACUGGUGGUGCUCAGCACGGGGACCCAGGAUGGCGGCGUCUACACCUGUACCGCCCGGAACCUGGCAGGCGAUGUCUCCUGCAAAGCAGAGCUGGCUGUUCGUGAAGCUCAGACAGCUAUGGAGGUAGAGAGGGUCGGGGACGAUGAGGAGCAGCGAGGGAGGAGGCUCAGCGACUUCUAUGACAUCCACCAGGAGAUCGGCAGGGGUGCCUUCUCCUACCUGCGGCGCGUGGUGGAGCGCAGCUCUGGCCUGGAGUUUGCGGCCAAGUUCGUCCCCAGCCAGGCCAAGCCAAAGGCAUCAGCGCGGCGGGAGGCCCGGCUGCUGGCCCGGCUUCAGCACGACUGCAUCAUCGACUUCCACGAGGCCUUUGAGAGGCGCCGGGGACUGGUCAUCGUCACCGAGCUCUGCACAGAGGAGCUGCUGGAGCGAAUGGCCAGGAAACCCACCGUGUGUGAGUCUGAGAUCCGGGCCUACAUGCGGCAGGUGCUAGAGGGAAUAUGCUACCUGCACCAGAGCCAUGUGCUGCACCUGGAUGUCAAGCCCGAGAACCUGCUGGUGUGGGACGGUGCAGACGGCAAAGAGCAGGUUCGGAUCUGCGACUUUGGGAAUGCCCAGGAGCUGACUCCGGGAGAGCCCCAGUACUGCCAGUACGGCACGCCUGAGUUCGUGGCGCCCGAGAUUGUCAACCAGACUCCUGUAUCCGGGGUCACGGAUAUCUGGCCCGUGGGUGUUGUUGCCUUCCUCUGUCUGACGGGAAUCUCCCCAUUUGUUGGGGAAAAUGACCGGACGACACUGAUGAACAUCCGAAACUACAACGUGGCCUUUGAGGAGAUGACGUUCCUAAGCCUAAGCAGGGAGGCCCGGGGCUUCCUCAUUAAAGUGCUGGUGCGGGACCAGCAGAGGCCUACUGCAGAGGAGACCCUAGAACAUCCUUGGUUCAAAACAGAGGCAAAAGGUGCAGAGGUGAGCACUGAUCACCUGAAACUCUUCCUCUCCCGGCGGAAGUGGCAGCGCUCCCAGAUCAGUUACAAGUGCCACCUGGUGCUGCGCCCCAUCCCUGAACUGCUGCGGGCCCCCCCAGAGCGGGUAUGGGUGGCUGUGCCCCGGCGCCCACCCCCCAGCGGGGGGCUGUCGUCAUCCUCGGACUCUGAAGAGGAAGAGCUGGAGGAGCUGCCCUCGGUGCCCCGUCCCCUGCAGCCCGAGUUCUCAGGCUCCCGAGUGUCCCUCACCGACAUUCCCACUGAGGAUGAGGUCCUAGGGACCCCUGAGGCUGGGGCUACCACUCUCAUGGACUGGCAGAAGCAGGGAAGCGCUCUCUCUCAGGCCCAGGAGGCCCCCAGCCCUCAGGCCCUCCCCUCCCCAGGCCAGGAGCCCCCCAGCCCCCGGCGGGGUGAGCUCCGGAGGGGCAGCUCGGCUGAGAGCGCCCUGCCCCGGGCCGUGUCGCGGGAGCCGGGCCGGGGACUGUACAAGGCCGCGUCUGUGGAGCUGCCGCAGCGCAGGAGCCCCAGCCCGGGCGCCACCCGUCUGGCCCGGGGAGGCCUGGGUGAGGGUGAGUACGCCCAGAGGCUGCAGGCGCUGCGCCAGCGGCUGCUGCGGGGAGGCCCCGAGGAUGGCAAAGUCAGCGGCCUCAGGGGCCCCCUGCUGGAGAGCCUGGGGGGCCGGGCGCGGGACCCCCGACUGGCGCGGGCCGCCUCCAGCGAGGCAGCGCCCCGCCACCAGCCCCCGCCUGAGACUCGGGGCCUGCAGAAGAGCAGCAGCUUCUCACAGGGUGAGGCAGAGCCCCGGGGCCGGCACCGCCGAGCUGGAGCACCCCUGGAGAUCCCCGUGGCACGGCUCGGGGCCCGCAGGCUGCAGGAGUCUCCUUCCCUGUCUGCCCUCAGCGAGGCCCAGCCGUCCAGCCCUGCAAAGCCCACCGCCCCCAAGUCCAGUGUCCCCAAGCCCAGUGUCCCCAAGUCUGUGCAACGUCCUGCCACAAUGCCCAGUGACUCCCUGCAGCCCUCGGCAUCGCAGCCAGCCCUAGAGAAGGCCCCAGAGCCCAUGCCGGAGCCGGUCCGCGCCCCCAAGCCUACAAAGCCCCCCGCGGCCCUGCAGACCCUCGCGCCACCCCUCACGCCCUAUGCCCAAAUCAUUCAGUCGCUCCAUAUGCCGGGCCACGCCCAGGGUGUCCUGCAGGGCCCCGCGGCCCCUCCGCCAGAGCCCAAGCCCCACGCGGCUGUGUUCGCCAGGGUGGCCUCGCCCCCUCCCGGAGCCCCCGAGAAGUGCGCGCCUUCAGCCGGGGGUCCCCCGGCCCUGACCGAGAAAGCCCGGGUCCCCACGGUGCCCCCCAGGCCAGGCAGCAGUCUCAGCAGCAGCAUCGAGAACCUGGAGUCGGAAGCGGUGUUCGAGGCCAAGUUCAAGCGCAGCCGCGAGUCGCCCCUGUCGCGGGGGCUGCGGAUGCUGAGCCGCUCGCGCUCGGAGGAGCGCGGCCCCUUCCGCGGGGCCGAGGAGGAGGACGGCAUAUACCGGCCCAGCCCGGCGGGGACCCCGCUGGAGGUGGUGCGACGGCCGGAGCGCUCCCGCUCGGUGCAGGACCUCAGGGCGGCCGGGGAGCCGGGCUUCGUCCGCCGCCUCUCGCUGUCGUUAUCGCAACGGCUGCGGCGGACCCCCCCAGCUCAGCGCCACCCAGCCUGGGAGGCCCGUGGCGGGGACGGGGAGAGCUCGGAGGGCGGCAGCUCGGCGCGGGGCUCCCCGGUGCUGGCGGUGCGCAGGCGGCUCAGCUCCACGCUGGAGCGGCUGUCGAGCCGGUUGCAGCGCAGCGGCAGCAGCGAGGACUCGGGGGGCGCGUCGGGCCGCAGCACUCCCCUGUUCGGACGGCUGCGUAGGGCCACGUCGGAGGGCGAGAGCCUGCGGCGCCUCGGUCUCCCGCACAACCAGCUGGCCGCCCAGGCCGGUGCCACUACCCCUUCGGCGGAGUCCCUGGGCUCCGAGGCCAGCGCCACGUCGGGCUCCUCGGCUCCAGGGGAAAGCCGAAGCCGGCUCCGCUGGGGCUUCUCUCGGCUGCGGAAGGACAAGGGCUUGUCACAGCCAAACCUCUCUGCCAGCGUCCAGGAGGACUUGGGUCACCAGUAUGUGCGCAGUGAGUCAGACUUCCCCCCAGUCUUCCACAUCAAACUCAAGGACCAGGUGCUGCUGGAGGGGGAGGCGGCCACGCUGCUCUGCCUGCCAGCGGCCUGCCCUGCGCCCCACAUCUCCUGGAUGAAAGACAAGCGGUCCCUGCGGUCAGAGCCCUCAGUGGUCAUUGUAUCCUGCAAAGAUGGACGGCAGCUGCUGAGCAUCCCCCGGGUCGGCAAACGGCACACUGGGCUCUAUGAGUGCUCAGCCACCAACGCCCUCGGCAGCAUCACCAGCUCCUGUACCGUGGCUGUGGCCCGCAUCCCAGGGAAGCUUGCCCCUCCUGAGAUACCCCAGACGUACCAGGACACAGCGCUGGUGCUAUGGAAGCCGGGAGACAGCCGGGCACCUUGCACAUACACACUGGAGCAACGGGUGGAUGGGGAGUCUGCCUGGCACCCUGUGAGCUCGGGCAUCCCUGACUGUUACUACAACGUGACCCACCUGCCAGUCGGUGCGACUGUGAGGUUCCGUGUGGCCUGUGCUAACCGUGCAGGGCAGGGACCCUUCAGCAACCCUUCUGAGAAGGUCCUCGUCAGGGGCACUCAAGAUCCCUCAGCCCUACUGUCUGCUGCUCUCCAAGAUGUCCCUGUUACCUCAGGGCCAGCCAGGGCCCCGCCUCCUGACUCUCCUACCUCACUGGCCCCACCCCCAACCCCGCCUCCAGCUCCUGCUCCCCCAGCCCCACACUCAGCCGCUGUCAGACCCUCAUCUCCCCCAGCAACCCCCAGCCAGGCCUUGUCCUCACUCAAGGCUGCGGGUCCACCACCCCAGACACCCCCCCGAAAGCACAGGGGCCUGCUGGCUGUCCAGCAAGCAGAGCCCACCCCACCCAAUUCCCAGAUCCCCCCAAGUGAGCCCAAGUCUUCCGUCCCUGACACUGGGACCCCGACCCCAGCCUCCACCCCUCACGAGGCUAAGCCAACAUCUUCCCCUACUCCCCUGUAUAUGGUGACUUCCUUUGUGUCUGCACCACCUGCCCCUGAGCCCCCCGCCCCUGAGCCCCCUCCUGAGCCCACCAAGGUGACUGUGCGGAGCCUCAGCCCAACCAAGAAGGGGGUUGGCUCCCCUGGGGGUGGCCCCCCCAGCUCUCCUGGGCCAGAGGGCACCACGCUUCUUCGACAGGGCCCCCCUCAGAAACCCUACACCUUCCUGGAGGAGAAGGCCAGGGGCCGAUUUGGAGUAGUGCGAGCUUGCCGGGAGAACGCCACGGGUCGCACAUUUGUGGCCAAGAUCGUGCCCUAUGCAGCUGAGGGCAAGCGGCGGGUCUUGCAGGAGUACGAAGUGCUGCGGACACUGCACCACGAGCGGCUCAUGGCUCUGCACGAGGCCUACAUCACCCCACGUUACCUUGUGCUCAUCGCUGAGAGCUGCGGCAACCGGGAACUCCUCUGUGGCCUCAGCGACAGGUUUCGGUACUCGGAGGACGACGUGGCCACCUACGUGGUGCAGCUGCUGCAAGGCCUGGACUACCUCCAUGGCCGCCAUGUGCUGCACUUGGACAUCAAGCCGGACAACCUGCUUUUGGCACCCGACAAUGCCCUCAAGAUCGUGGACUUCGGCAGUGCCCAGCCCUACAACCCCCAGGCCCUGCGGCCCCUUGGCCACCGCACGGGCACGCUGGAGUUCAUGGCUCCUGAGAUGGUGAAGGGGGAUCCCAUCGGCUCGGCCACGGACAUCUGGGGAGCGGGUGUGCUCACCUACAUCAUGCUCAGUGGACGCUCCCCGUUCUAUGAGCUAGAGCCCCAGGAAACGGAGGCUCGGAUUGUGGGGGGCCGCUUUGAUGCCUUCCAGCUGUACCCUAAUACCUCCCAGAGCGCCACCCUCUUCCUGCGAAAGGUCCUCUCAGUGCAUCCCUGGAGCCGGCCCUCCGUGCAGGACUGCCUGGCCCACCCGUGGCUGCAGGACGCCUACCUGAUGAAGCUGCGCCGCCAGACGCUCACCUUCACCACGAACCGGCUCAAGGAAUUCCUGGGUGAGCAGCGGCGCCGCCGGGCUGAGGCCGCCACCCGCCACAAGGUGCUGCUCCGCUCCUACCCCGGCAGCCCAUAGUGGCACCGGCCGCGGCCCGGCCUCGGGCUUCCACUCGGGUUCCCACGGACACCGCGGGACAUUCCAGGGCCCGCGCUGAGCCGGGUGGGCCCGGGGCUUUGGACACCACCAGCAGCAACAUCCGGCCGGGCUAUUACCUCACGGACUUGCGGACCUGCGGGGACAGAGGCCACGGGCCACCCCCGGCCAGAGCUGGAGACCCCUUGGCCAGGCUGGGCGGGAGUGGAAGCAGGAAGAAGGACAAGAAGGGAAUAGAGAAGUGAAAAGGGAAAGAAGCAGAGAGAUGGGGAGGAGGCAACUCUGCGAAGGUCCUGGGGGGCCGGAGGGACAGUGUAGCUGGGGAGAGAACCAAGGACGGUGUGAGUGGCUGGAGAGGCAGAAGAGGGGCCUAGGGUGUCAGGGCAGUGGGCUGGGAGUGGGUGUCAGUUGCAGCAAGGAUGGGACAUGGAGACAGCACCAGGGAGCCAGAACCAGGAUGCCAGAGAGGGCAGCGAGGUAGGGGAGGGAGAGGAGAGGGGAUGCAGGUGGGCUGGGGCCUGCCAGCUGCCCGCAAGCCAGAAGGAGAAGGCUGCAGGGCUGGAGGCUGGAGGUGAGCAGUCACUGGAGCCUUUGUUCUCCUCCUGUCCCAGGGAACUCACCUCUGGGUCAGGGGCCCUCUGAGCUGGCCUGAGGAUGUCCCCGCCACCCCCUUCAUGGCCUUCGUCCUUCUUCCCACUCAUAUUUAUUUAUUUAUUGACUUAGGAAGUUUCCCCUUCCAUCUAAUCCCUAUUGCCCGUGUUGUCCUGACCAUCCCCUGCCAUCUAGCUGCCUGUGCAGCUGUCUGUCUGUCUGUCACAAGGAAAAUAAAAACGGCA